AUGGCAUUCGCAUUAGGAGCUUUCACUUUUCCUUCUCCCAUUACUUGCAAAGCCACUUCAAUUUCUUCCUCAUCACCCUCGUCUCACGAUCUUGAUGCUGCGUACAUCAAACGCGCCGCCAAUCUAGCCGACAGCUCGGCGGGCUUCACUGCUCCACACCCAAACUUUGGCUGCGUGAUAACCAGCACCACCAAGGAAAGGGAAAGGGUGGUGGUGCUAGGGGAAGGCUAUUUGUAUGGGGAGGGGACCAUGCCGGCGGAGCUGCAGGCAGUGGAGACCGCCGGCGAGCUUUGCCGUGGUGCAACCGCUUAUCUCAAUAUGGAACCCAAUGACUGCGCCGCCGACCACACUUCCGUUUCUGCUAUUGUCCAGGCAGGAAUUAGUAGAGUUGUAAUCGGGAUAAGGCAUCCUUUGCAACAUCUUCGGGGCAAUGCUGUCCGUGCACUCAGAAGUGAAGGACUGCUAGUUGAUGUUCUUGGUGAAGAUUUGCAAAGUAAAGCUUUUGAGGAAGCUCUGAAAUCUUGCCUAGUAGUCAAUGCUCCUUUGCUCUAUAGAGCUGCUUCUCGAGUUCCAUUCUCUGUUCUCAAAUAUGCAAUGACACUUGAUGGGAAAAUUGCUGCAAGUAGUGGGCAUGCGUCAUGGAUAAGCAGCAAAAUGUCAAGAUCUCGAGUUUUUGAAUUGAGGGGCAGAAGCGAUGCUGUUAUUGUUGGAGGGAAUACUGUACGGAGAGAUAAUCCACAUCUAACUGCAAGACAUGGAGGUGGACAUUUGCCUCGACGGAUUGUAAUGUCAAAAACUCUUAAUCUUCCUGAGGUUGCAAACUUGUGGGAUGAUACUGAGGUGCCCACUAUGGUUGCCACACAGAGAGGUGCGAGAAGGAGUUUCCAGAAAUUCCUCGCAUCAAAGGGCGUCGAAGUAAUUGAAUUUGACAUCUUAAAUCCCAAAGAUGUAAUGGAUUACUUUUACGAUCGUGGUUAUCUUUCAAUUUUGUGGGAGUGUGGAGGGACACUGGCUGCUUCUGCAAUUUCAUCUGGUGUCAUACACAAGGUGCAUGCAUUUGUGGCUCCUAAAAUUAUUGGUGGGAAAAAUGCACCAUCACCUGUUGGUGAACUGGGGAUGGUGGAGAUGACACAAGCUUUGGAAUUAAUUGACGUUCAAUACGAGCAGAUUGGUCCUGACAUGCUAGUAAGCGGAUUUCUUCAGCCUGUUCCCGACCUGACACCGAAUAUUCCGUCAAUGGAUGAAACUUCUGCAAUUGAUCCAAGCGUUUCUGCUUAUGAAUCUAACAUUAUAUUUUUCUUUAAAACAUGGGAUCCUCAUGGUGCCUUUUCGAACUUCUCUUUGCAUCCAAUUCAGAUGCCUGAUGAAAAUGGAGAUUAUUAUACCUGGCCAAGUGUGGAGCAUUAUUACCAGGCGAAUAAGUUUGUUGGCGUAAAUAAUCCUGUUGCCAAAAAGGUUUUGGACAACAUAAAAAGUGCAAAAAGUCCUGAGGAAGCAGCACGACUGGGAAGGAAAAUACAGAGGCAGCAUCCAGAUCUGGUGAGAUCUGAUUGGGAAUCUACCAAAAUUGAUGUUAUGUAUAGGGCAUUGAAGUGCAAAUUUUCAACAUACCCUAAUUUGACAUCUAUGCUACUCUCGACUGCGGGAUCCGUUCUUGUAGAAGCUUCACCGCAUGAUCUGUUCUGGGGAGGUGGUCGAGAUGGAGAAGGCCUCAACUAUCUUGGUAGGCUGCUGAUGCAGUUGAGAUCAGAGUUUUUGGCUGAUUCUUUAUCAAAUGAAGACGAUGCAACUUCUGGAGACGAAAAUGAAGUUACGACGGCCAUACGGAUGGGGUCCUGCAUGUCCAGUGAAAGCAGGAGCCCACUCCCUGGUUCUCCAAGAGGAUUCAGGAAGACAAAGGGAUCCAAAAGGAGCCCAGCAUCUCGGAAUUCUUCCUUUGAUCAUAGGAGGGAGAAACAGCUGCAUGGAACUCCCGACGCCUGGACAGGCGCGGUCUUCUGUGGUGUUUUUGAUGGCCAUGGUCCUAAUGGUCAUAUGGUUGCGAAUGGGACAACAGCAGCAACUCUAGUGAAACAGGGUCAGAAUCUUGUAAUUGGAAAUGUUGGGGACUCCAGAGAUAUAUUGGGUACAAGAGAUCAAAAUAAUUCACUUGUUGCUGUCCAGUUGACUCGGAAGCAGAGAGGAUUCACAAAUGUAAAGGACGUAUUUUUGCCCUUCAGGAAGAACCUGAGGUUGCAAGAGUUUGGUUGCCACAGCUACUCUCCUGGCCUCGCUAUGGCACGUGCAUUCGGAGAUUUCUGCCUCAAGGAGUUUGGUAUUAUCUCUGUUCCUGAAAUUUCUAAGAGAUGCAUCAUUGAUAAGGAUGAGUUUGUAGUCUUUGCAACGGAUGGGGGCAUAGGUGACCCACAAGGCCCUCACAUGGAAGAUGCAUUGUUGGAAGAUGAGGAAGAAAGACCACGAGAAGGGAGUGUGACUCUUCUGUGCAUACCGAACAUAAUCAGGGCUCUACGGAUGGGGUCCUGCAUGUCCAGUGAAAGCAGGAGCCCACUCCCUGGUUCUCUAAGAGGAUUCUGUAAGACAAAGGGAUCCAAAAGGAGCCCAGCAUCUCGGAAUUCUUCCUUUGAUCAUAGGAGGGAGAAACAGCUGCAUAGAACUCCCGGACGCCUGUUCUUAAAUGGGUCGAGCGAGAUAGCUUCAAUUUUUACCCAGAAAGGCAACAAAGGAAUAAAUCAAGAUGCCAUGAUUGUUUGGGAGAAUUUUGGUUCAAGGACAGACGCGGUCUUCUGUGGUGUUUUCGAUGGCCAUGGUCAUAUGGUUGCGAAAAAGCACCAAGAGAUGUUUCAGACAUUGAAGGAGUCUUUUCUAAAGGCUUUUAAGGUUAUGGACUGGGAACUAAGGAUGUUUGCAAAUAUUGAUUGCUUCUGCAGUGGGAUGACAGCAGUGACUCCAGUGAAACAGCGGAAGCAGAGAGGAUUCACAAAUGUAAAGGACGUAUUUUUGCCCUUCAGGGUGAACCUGAGGUUGCCACACAGCUACUCUCCUGGCCUCCCUAUGGCACGUGCAUUCAGAGAUUUCUGCCUCAAGGAGUUUGGUAUUAUCUCUGUUCCUAAAAUUUCCAGCAGAUGCAUCAUUGAUAAGGAUGAGUUUGUAGUCUUAGCAACGGAUGGGGUGGUGGACAUUGUGGGCUCUUGCCCAUCACGUUCAUUUGCAGCUCGACACUUGGGAAACUCGGCUGUUUGGGCUUGGAGGUCGAAGUAUCGAACUUCUAAAGUUGAUGACUGUGCAGUGGUCUGUCUCUUCCUUGAUUCAAACUUCAAUAAUCUAUCAACUGCUUCUGGCCGAACUGAAAUUAACCGCUCUGGCACUGUUAUAACUGGCAAAGUGGUCCUUGGAGAGGACUCACAGGAGUUCAAGGAAGCUUCGGAAGAAAAUAAGGAUGAAGUCUCAGCCUCAGACCCUGGAGAGAUUUGGAUGGCGGGUGGAAAAGAAUGGUCCGGUCUUGAAGAUGUCUCCCUCGUAAACACAUUAUUAUCCUUUCCAAGGUUCAUGCCCAACAUAGAAGAGAAAAAGGUCAGGAAAUAA